GAAAAGAAUUCAAAACCAGACUUGUUUCCAAAGCAAGAGAGAAAAGAAUAGCAGAAACUAUGGCAUCCCUGCACUAUUUCUUUGUUGUUCUUGUUUCUUCUCUACUUCUUCUGCAAAUGACUUCUGCCAUUGGUAAGUCAAUACCCCCAACACCCCUCUCGGGCGGAUGGGAACCCAUCGAAGAUGUGAAGGAUCCAUAUGUUCAAAAGCUUGGGAAAUUUGCAGUAACUGAAAACAACAAAGUUUCAAAGGUGGAUCUCCAAUUUGUUGCAGUGAAGAAAGGUGAAUCUCAGACUGUUAAUGGAAUGAAAUACAGGCUCCUUGUCUCUGCAAAAGAUCAUGGUAUUGCAAGUGAUUAUAACGCUGAGGUAUAUGAGAAAAAGUGGACAAACACUAGGAAGCUUAUCUCCUUCACCAAGGCUUAAGAACUUCAGUUUAUCAGUCAAUGGUUUGUAGCAAAUAUGAUGAGUUAGAGAGAACUUUUUUUUUUAAAGGGCUUCUAAUAUUAUCCUAAAUAAAGCAUCUUUUGGAAUUGCGUCUUA